AUGUCCGGAGCCACCUCGCGACUAAAGAGCUUACUCGGACACUUCACCUCGACCGAGUCAUCGCCGGUUGGCCACGUCCACAGUCACCAUCUUCACCAGCUCUCGCCAACCUUCUUCCUGGAACGGGCGGCAGCCAUUGAACCCAAUGCAACGGCCAUCUACCAUGUCACGGCCAACCAGCAGGUCCUCAGACGAUCGUACGCCGAGUUUGCGGACCGGGCCAGGGGACUUGCCUAUUACCUGCUCAGGCACAAGUUCAAGAGGGUCGGCAUCUUGGCGACCAACACGCCGGCCUUUCUCGAGUCCAUCUUUGGCAUCAUCGCCGCCGGCGCCGUGGUCGUGCCCGUCAACUACCGGUUGAAACCGGAUGACAUCACUUACAUCUUUGACUUUGCCGAGGUCGACUCCAUCGUGGUGGAUAACGAGUACGUAUCCCUGCUGGAUGACUUUAAGAAGACGCAUCCCAAGGUCAAGUUCAUCAUUGACACCGAUACCGAUGCUACUGAAGGUCAGCUCUGUGGCCCGUUUGACGAGGCGAUCCUCGAGGGUCUCCAUUAUGACAAAGCCCAGGGCAGUAAAGGGUGGGCAGGUCUGAAGUCGCAAUGUUCCAACGAAGACGACAUGCUGGCAAUUCCUUUCACGUCUGGAACAACGUCUCGCCCCAAAGGAGUUGUCUAUACUCACCGAGGUGCUUACUUGGCAAGUUUGGCCAACAUCGUCGAGUCCGGCUUGAACUAUCAUAACGGAAGGUGCAGGUACUUGUGGACGUUGCCAAUGUUCCAUGCCAUGGGUUGGACGUUUCCCUGGUCGGUUACUGCGGUUCGAGGAACGCACUAUUGUUUGAGAAAAAUCGAUUACCCCUUGAUUUGGAAGCUGCUAAAGGAAGAACAAAUCACUCAUUUCAACGCGGCGCCAACGGUCAACACGCUUCUGUGUGCAUCAAAGGAAGCCGAAAAACUACCAGAGCCUGUACGAGUCACGGUUGCGGCCAGCCCACCAACAGCCCACCUCUUCCAGCAAAUGACUGAGCUGAAUUUACACCCAGUGCACGUCUAUGGCUUGACGGAAACAUAUGGUCCCAUCACCAAAGGAUAUGCCAUGCCUGAAUGGGCCGAGUUGCCUGAUGCUGAGAGAUAUGCAAAGAUGGCACGCCAAGGUCACGGCUUCCUGACGAGUUUGCCAAUCAGAAUCGUCAAGCCAGAUCAACCAGACGGAGCUGUGAUAGAUGUGGCCAAGGACGGCAAUGAAAUUGGAGAGAUUGUCUUCACUGGCAACAUAUGCGCCAAGGGCUACUACAAGGAUGCAGAAGCCACCCGGAAACUUUUCCUUGGCGGUGUGCUGCGAUCAGGCGAUUUGGCCGUCUGGCAUCCAGACGGGAGCGCGCAGAUCCAGGACCGCGCAAAGGACAUCAUCAUCUCGGGUGGAGAAAACAUCUCCUCGGUGGCCCUGGAGAGUAUGUUGGUGCAGCAUCCAGAUGUGCUUGAAGCGGGAGUGGUGGCCGUGCCUGACUCACACUGGGGCGAACGGCCAAAGGCGUACCUCACUGUCAAGGAGGGCAAGGCCUUGAAGCCCGAGGACAUGAUUAAUUGGGCCAAGAACCAGAGUAGUAUCAGCAAAUUCAUGGUGCCCAGAGAGGUGGAGAUUGUGGAUGAGCUGCCAAAGACGAGCACCGGCAAGAUUCAAAAGAAUGUGCUGCGGGAAUGGUCGAAGAAGGGCAGGUCAUGA